GGCUCAGUAGCUGCAGGAGGACUUUGUGUGGUCCAUGGCUGGCGUUAUGGUUGAAAUGUUGCUGGCGGUGCUGUCUGUGACUCUGCUGCUUGUUCCAACACAGGGAUGGAAACAUGUCGGUUGGACUCAACUUGCUAAUUCCGAUGAGCCGGAGCAGUGGCGUAAACCACAAAUCGUUACCUUGCCAGAUGACAGUCCCUUCUUAGACAGUGAGAAGGAUGAAGCUCCUGAGUAUGUACUCCCUGGAGUUAAAGGUGCCUCCACUGUGGAAAACAUCAACCCUUUUACUGACCAUGGAUUCCAGGUAGAUGACCAUCCAAGGAGCUGGAACAGCGAUGCCGAUGGCUUUCAGAUGGAAUUCGCAGAUGCCCCUCCAAAGAGCUGGACCAGCAGUCAUAGUUCUUCUGUGUUGGAGGUGGUCUGUAGUGAAGUUGGCUUCCAGAUUACACUCCUAGCUGGUUCAUUAAGUGAAGUCACAGUUUUGGGGUCAAAGAAACUUUUACCUGUCAUGGAUGCUCCCAAAUCUUGUGGUUAUGAAGUGGACUCUUUCACCAACACCUUGACUGUCCCCUUUACUGGGUGCAAUGUGAAACAUACUGAUCGCUACAGCCUGCAGUUGUUGUAUGUAGAUGAGAUUGGUCAAACACAAGUUGCUACAGCAUCUUGUGAGGAAAAUCCCAAGUUUGGCCCUCGAUUCAGUGGCAAAUCCAAAUCAAAGUGCUCCAAACCAGUGUCUACCCCACCGCCCUCAAAUCCAUCGACUCAUUCAAGUUGUGAUAUUCCCUCGGCGGAGCAGUUGGCUUGUGGUUUGAAAGGGAUAUCUUCCUCAACCUGUGAGAUGAGGGGAUGCUGUGCUUCGUCUUCCGGCUGCUACUACCCGCUCGAUGCAUGCACCGCGGGAAACUUUGUUUUUGCCAUUCGGUUUGACUCGACAUCCAUCCCUUUGGAUCCCACCAAGCUCAUUAUUCCCGGGAGUCCAAAUUGUAAACCAGUCCUUGUUAAUGACAAGGUGGCCAUCUUUAAGUUUAAAGUUACAGAAUGUGGAGCUCGGUCUUAUGAAGUUGGUGAGACAACAAUCUACCUGGCUGAAGUGCAAUCUGUUAUACAAACUUUGAAUCUCAAGUAUGGCAUCAUAACCAGAAGCAAUCUUCUCAAGUUUAUGGUUGAAUGCCGCUACAACAAAUUGGGGGCCAGUCAGCAGGAACUUGCCACUGUCGGCUACAUGGUCCAGACCCCAAGUUCCAGCUUGCCAUCAUCCAUUAUCUCACAUGGUUUAUAUGGUGUCACACUAAGAAUUGCUCAUGAUGAGACCUAUUCAAGCUACUUUCCUACUUACCAUCAGCCCUUGCGACUGCUCCUUGGCAAGCCAGUGUAUCUUGAACUGCUCCUGAAGUCUCCAAAACCAGAUGCAGUAAUUCUUGUCAACUACUGUUUAGCUUACCCUCGCUCUGCAAAGAAUGCUCUGGUGCUAAUUUAUGAAGGGUGUGCCAAUCCUUAUGAUCCAACUUCAGCUGUCCUUAAAGUCAUUGACCUUCCCAAAAAUCGUCACCAAAGGCGCUUCCUGGUCCAGGCCUUCCAGUUUAUGGAUCAAAAAACAAACAAGUAUCUUGAUGAAGAAAUCUAUUUUAUGUGUUCCACAGAAGUUUGUAGGACCGAUGAAAAGACUUGUGGAGAACAGUGUUUUGAUGGAAAGGUCAAUAUUCCAGUGUUGCCAGAUCUCGCGAGACAAAUAAGCAACCUGGGGCCAGUGAAAACAAGCCCAAAACAAGCGACUUUUUCUACGGGGCCCCACUAA